AAAAGGAAGAUUGAGAACAGAUUUCUCUGAUUUGUAGAUUCAUAUUUAACUUUUGUAUUUCUUCUCUUACCAUAUUCUAUUUGUUACUACUGCUCUCUACUCCCACUACCAAUCCCUUCCUUUUUCCAACGGAUCUUUUAUAAAACUUUCAUUUUUUGGUGUUGUCUUUCACAGUUAUUAUUAUAAAGAGAUUAGUGCUUAUUUCAUUAAAUACGGAGUACAAAAUUCAGUGAUUCGGAAUACUUUAAUUUCUAUUACUACUACUACUACUUAUUGCAAAAGAUCUCAGAAUUUAUAUGGUAAUUACAAUCCUUAAUUUCGGGGGAAACAUUCAUCUGUUUAUUUUAAAUAUCUGUUUAAAUAAAUACCACAUUUAUGAUGACAUAUACACCAAUGACAGUUCUUCCAGAAUUAUCUAAUAACCUACAACACACCGCUCAAUGUGAUCUUACAACAAUGAAACAAUACAAUGCCAGUAAUAAUACUAAUAUUUUCAAUUCUUAUCCACUAUUCCCGGUGAAUUCUUUUGAUAUACACAAAAUAUCACAACAGCAGAAUAUCAACAACAACAAUAACAGCAACAGCUCUUCUUUCCAAUACGACAGUAAGGCAGAGAUCUAUAGAAAACUUGAUACACGGAUAUCUGGUAAAGACUUCACAAGCAACAGUAAGAAAAGGAGUCAAUUUAAAAAUAUGCCAGUAGUUCGAUCUCCAGACUUCCUGCAUAAUGUUAAUUUCCCAACCUAUGAAAGACUUAGUGGUGAAGCAAUAGAGGAGAAGCUAUUAUCCGAUUUGAAAGACACAAAUGCUCCCAGAGACAUGAGAGUUCGCAAACAAACACGUUCAAAUGUAGGUUCUACACGUUUUAAUAAACACAGACUCAGACAACCUCAGAUUAAAAAAGAAACUGCAAAAUAUGCUAAUGGAUUCUUAGACAACUUCAACAUUAACCAUCUGGUAAAUUAUAAUCUUCCUCCAGGCUUUUUAUUUCAAGGUGAAAAUGGUGAUAAAAAUGCAGACUCGGUAAAUCAAAUCGUCAAAAACGAUGAUGUCAACAAUAUGCCUACUUCAUCUCUGCUACCAAACUAUUAUUUUGGGCAACAAAAUUUACCAUUCACACCUAAUCAUUGUACUCCUGAUACUGUAUCAGGAAGUCUAAUCAAUCCAGCGUCUUUACACAGUAAUAAUUUCAACCAAAUAUUAUCCCCAACACAGUUAUCAUCUCAUUUUCAUCAAUACUGGCUUCAGUUAAUCAAUGCGCCGACAUUAACACCGAAACCAACAAUUAGUAGUAAUACAUCUCAAACAGAUUGUCUACUACCCCAUCAGACAUCCUCGUUGAACUUCACACCGAACAUCGACAAUCUAAAACCUCCAACAAACUUUAUUCCAAAUGAUUUACAAACACUCAGUUCUUUAUUCUAUCAAGCUAUUAAACAGUUACAAGUAAAUAAUGAUUUAUCAGCCAGUUUUCCUUCAAUCAAUCAACAAAAUCUAAAUAGUGUACAAAAUGCAACAGGUGAUCAGAAAGAAGCAGACAAUGAUGACAGUCAGUUUAAUUCUUUAGGAAACAGACUCACUGAACAAAACUGUUUCAUUUCACCAACGAAUCGGAGUCCUAAUUACAGGAAAUUGAAUAGGAAUACUAUGAGUUCUCAUGUUUCAAUGAAUCAACAAAAAUUAAAUACUAAAUCGAUGAAGUGUGAUACAACGUUACAAAAUACACAGAAUAAUCAAAAUUUAUCCAUCACUGAGGAAGAAGAAGGAGAAGGAGAAGGUACUAGUGGAGGUAAUAAUGACGAUCAUGUUGAGAUAGAUGAACUUGACUGUUGUGAUGAUGGUGAUGCUGAUGAUGAUGAAGUCAUCUUAGAUGUUGAAGAAAACUCCUCUCAAAAUCAUCAAAUGAAUAUUUUCAAAUGUAAUUUAUGCAAUAAAUACUUUGCCACUGCACAUGGAUUGGAAGUACAUGUUAGAAGGUCACACAACAAUGGUAAACGUCCAUUCGAGUGUCAACUCUGUCAGAAAACAUUCGGUCAUGCUACAAGUUUAUAUCAACAUGAAAGUGUACACUGUCAAGAUAGACAAUUUCAAUGUCCACAAUGCGGAAAAACAUUUAAACGUUCGUCUACAUUGAGUACACACUUAUUAAUACAUAGUGAUACACGUCCUUAUCCAUGUCAGUAUUGUGGAAAACGCUUUCAUCAGAAAUCUGAUAUGAAAAAACAUACCUAUACACAUACUGGCGAAAAACCUUACAUCUGUUUACAGUGUGGCAAAGCAUUUAGUCAAUCAUCAAAUCUGAUAACACAUUCACGAAAACACACCGGUUUCAAACCGUUCUCCUGUUUCCAUUGUCUACGUGCAUUUCAGCGUAAAGUUGACUUAAGACGUCAUAUUGAAACACAACAUGGUGCAAUGGAUCUAUUGGGCAAAGAUUAUUCAUUGGAUGGAUUAGAAAAAGUCACACUAUCUAAUAAUGGUAACAGUAAUCUCAAAAAACCUCGAUUACAUCAACAGAAUAAAACAAUUAUUGAUUCUGCUUCACCGCUGAUCCCUUCAUUGUCUUCUCCUUUGCCUAACAGUUUUUCAAGUCCACAGAAUCAAUCACAUUCCAUUGAAGCAGUAGAUUCUUUCAAUUGCUUUAAUGGUUCCAGUGGUUCAACUGGUUUAGAUUUAUCCAGCCAAACAAUCACUAAUCAAAUUAUCGCCAGUGGUAAUAGUAGUAGCAGUAUUAGCCAUACUAUUAAUCAUUGUACCAAUGACUGUGAUACAUCAACUCAUACAAUCCGCCAUACAUCAAGCCCAAAUCAUUUACACCUCAAUAAUGAUGAGAAAGCAUUACCAUAUUCAGUGGAAAAUCUGCUCAGUUCAACUUCAUCUUCAUCCAGUUAAUUAGUUAAUUAAUAAUAAUCAUAAUAACAAUAAUAAUGGUUAGUGAAUAAAUAUUACACGCGCAUUACUUUUUUUUGCAUUGAACUAUGUAUACACACAUAAACAUACUACUGAUUACAGUGUAUACUUGAAGUUUUGCUUUCAAUUUCGACCAUUCAAUUCUCAUCAGUUAUUUCACUAGUCGCUUCAUUUUACUUCUUUGAUUUCAUGUAAGAUGUAAAGAACUACUAUUGACCAGUCUAUUGAUAAUACAUACAAUGAUAUCCUUCUAUUGUUGUUAUCAUCAC